AAUUGUGUAUUAAAGCAGGCCAGGCUUUGCAGUUGCUAUAAAAUCAAGCAAAUAUUUCGAAAAUGCAGCGUGAGGAUUCACUUUUAUAUUGUGCCUAUGCCAUAGGUGCAUUCGAUUUGCUAUGUGCGCUGCUCUUUGCUGCACUCAGCAUGGAUAUGCUGGUUGGUCAUCUAAGCUGGUUAACUAUAUUUGGAGUUUGCUUUGGUUUCUUUUGGUGUUCUUUAAUAUUGUUGCUGCUCUUUGGCAUUUAUAAUCGCAAUACACGUCUGGUGCGCUACUGGCUGCUGUUCUCCAUUGCUGGCAUUUUCAUGGAACUUGUGCUUAUUGUUUAUGCCUUUAUGCGCGAGACGAGCUUUCAAAUGGGCUUGACCAGCAAUAGUUUGCUUUUGUUUCUUGGCUUGGUUGUUGAAACGGUUUUUGUGUUUAUUGUCUAUCAGUUCUAUAUGCUGCUCUCCAAGUGCGAAGCUUGCGCUAAGCGCCCAGCACAAAAGCAACGUGCGGCAGGCUCAACUAAAUCUCAGCCAGCAGCACAGCCGGCACAGCCAGAUAACCGCAGGCAGCGUCGCAAACGUAAGUGUAGCUUUUUGCAGUCCAAUAAUCCAGACAGUCCCUAUACCUGUGGUACUACGCAGAGAUCUCUUACAGAAAUAAUUAAUACUCGAGCUCCCCGGCAAUAUGUUUAAUUGUAAUUGUUGUUAUAUAUAUUUUAUGAAUAAAUUGUUAUCGUUUCUUUAU